AUGACCAGAACCUCAGUCUUAGCAGAUGCUUUAAAUGCCAUCAACAACGCCGAAAAGACCGGUAAGAGACAAGUUCUCAUUAGACCAUCAUCAAAAGUCAUUAUUAGAUUCUUGACCGUUAUGCAAAAACAUGGAUACAUUGGUGAAUUCGAAUACAUUGAUGACCAUAGAUCAGGUAAAAUCGUUGUUCAAUUGAACGGUAGAUUAAACAAGUGUGGUGUCAUUUCACCAAGAUUCAAUGUCAAGAUUGGUGACAUUGAAAGAUGGACUGACAACUUGUUGCCAGCUAGACAAUUCGGUUACGUUAUCUUGACUACUUCUGCUGGUAUCAUGGACCACGAAGAAGCUAGAAGAAAGCACGUUUCUGGUAAAAUCUUGGGUUUCGUUUAUUAA